CCGCUGUGGCUUGGUAUUGGUGCUGGUGGCUGUAGGUGUGGCUGGUGUUUGCCUAGAAACCUGAACCGUCCCCCACGUUAUCGAUCAACCGAUCGCUCUUGCCGCCUAGCGACGAAACUGGAACUCAACAUCAAGCCGAAACGCAUCACAGACCAUGGCAUUGAGAGGAAGCGAAGAUGCAGGUAUGCCGUCGAUCGUCGACUAAUUAGCCAACGAUGGCACGACUGCUUAGCACUGACGCGGUCCUGAUGGGCCGUCUCUCGUCCUACACCAUCUUGAAGGAGCUGCAUAGGGCCGCCGACGAAGGGGCCGUUUACCUCGCGAGAAACUUAAGCGGCGAGAAGUGCAUCGUCAAGAGCAUCCGGGGCCACUGGCGCCUUCGAAACGAAGCUGACGUCCUCAAGCGCUACCAAUCCCAGACACCGUUCCUCCGCCCUCUCUUCGACGAGAUCACCCAGCCGGCCGACCCGCCAUCCAUCGUUCUGCGGCACUUGGAUAGCGACUUGUUAACUGAGUCGAACAAGAAGAGAUUGUCGGGGCCUGAGAUCAAGCAGGUAGGCCGGUGCGUCCUUGACGCCCUUCGCGUGCUACAUAAAGAUGGCAUGGUCCACACAGACAUCAAGUUGGAUAAUAUAUUUGUCAAUUACGGCUCGGGUGAUCGCCGCUUCUCCGAUAUCCAGCUCGGCGACUGCGGAGGAGUAGUAUCGCAGGAGUCAAAAUUUGCCAAGGAAGGCCAUGUUAUUGGCGCUGGCUUUACCCGUAGCCCCGAGUCCACGUUCCAAGUCUCCUGGACCACCGCCACAGAUAUAUGGUCCUUCGGUUCCGCAAUGAUUAGCCUCGUGAUGGGCGGUGGCUACCAUCUAUUCAACCCUAGUGCCGACGGAGUUGCCCCGGACAGCGAUGACUACGAGUUCACCGUCUUGAAGCGGAUGCACAAAUUCUUCGGCCCCUUUCCGCAAUCCUAUCGCGACUUUAACGAUCCAGAUACCAUGACCAUCAUUGACUUCAUCAACAAUCAGGGACCUCCGGCGAAGCCAUUUGCCAGGUGUGGCCCGAAGGAGAUUCCGCCGGCUGAUAAGGAAUUCAUUAUGAAGAUCAUGAAGCUGGAUCCCCGUGACAGGCCUACGGCGGAGCAGCUACUAGAAGAUUCAUGGUUCACGGAGGAGUCGCCAGACACACGAGCCCCGCUUCCUGGCGAGACUGUGCAGCCUGAGGAUGCGAAGCAGCACGAACACCAGGGAACGUAA